CCAGUGUCCGGCUGGUGCGUUUGCUGCAAAGUCUGGCAACUGCUGCCUCUCUCCCUAAGUCUCCACCUGAGGUGCUCAUGGGCUGGACAGUGAGGCUGGUCGCGGUGGCCCUGUCUUGGGGUCUCAUACUGGCGGUCAUUGCAGACACAGAGGAAGAUGACUCGUGUGUGUACGAGGCCCUGUCUGACAGCGAUGCUGUCAUCUGCAAGGGCCUCGCGGUUCUGUACCCGGAGCUGGGCAACAUUGGCUGCAUGUUCGUGCCUGACUGCAACAACUACAGAGAGAAGAUCACCCAGUGGCCGCAGCCAAUGGUCAGUUUCUCGAAGGCUGUGGAGGUUGCAUCCUACAUCCUGGUGAUGGUGGACCCGGAUGUUCCCAGCAGGUCUUCUCCCAACGCUCAGUUCUGGAGACACUGGCUGGUCGUAGGCAUCAAGGGUGUGGACUUGAAGAAAGGGCAUAUUCGGGGCAAAGAGCUGACAGCCUACAGGCCUCCCUCUCCGCCGAAAAAAACCGGCUUCCAUCGCUACCAGUUCUUUGUCUAUCUUCAGAAAGAAAAGAGCAUUUCUCUCCUUCCCAAAGAAAACAAAACUCGAGCCUCUUGGAAACUGGAUGAAUUUCUGAACCGCUACCAACUCAGCGAUCCUGAAGCAAGCACCCAGUUCAUGACCCAGAAUUUCCAGGACUCUCCAAGCUUCUGGACCCCCACAGGAGGCGAUGACCAUAAGCACAAGAGCCAACUCAAGCACCAGCUCCAUUAAAUGCCUGGCAUGGCCCGGGCUCUCCGCCAGGGCCCACCUCGCCCACCACCUGUGCUCAGGAGGGCU